UUCAGGAAGAGGAUUUCUGACUGGACAGCUCCAAGGACUUCACUGUGAAAUGGGAGAAUGUUGUAUUUAGUUUUUUCCACACGCACAUUAAAUAUGUUUACUUCAUUAUAAAUGUGUUACAGCUAAAUGUGACCUCCAUAACCACAACCUAACACUAUUACAACGACACCCUCUCAGAUCAGUGGAUCGCUAAAGAAAAAGCCUUUAAAAUCCAUCCAUGUUUCACUGCCUACAACCGUUCUGAAUGCAUGCAACAUUUCUAUAGUGCAGCCCUGGCUUUGGUUAUUUGUAGACUUACAUCUUUGUUCAAUGAAGAGAAAUAACUCCUCGGUGGCUUUGAGCAAGUAUACCACCAAAGCCCCGACAGGGAAACCGCUGCCCUACACCAUUAAUAAAGGUUUAGAGCCCGUGUAAGGACUAAUACAGUCUUGUGUCAGUGUGCAACAGUGAUAACACAACGUAGCUAGGUGGUUAUUUCCCCUCAUAUCCAGGAGGUCUGCAGCUCAUCAUCUGGUUACAUAAACAGCAGGAGCAGAUGCACACACCCGCCAGCAGAGGGCAGCCUCGGACUCGGGUUGCAGCACGCAGACAAGUCCGUGCAGGAACCCUACGUAGACGUGUGUGUGUGCAUGUGCGUGUGCGUGUGUGUGUGUGUGCGUGUGUGUGUGUGUGAGCGGUGAGGGAAGCAGGAGUAAACCGAGCCUGGGUCCUGCUGCACAAGAGGAACACAUCACCACGCUCCUGGUGCACUGAUGCGGACACUCCUCAUCCUCCAGCUGGCUGAUUUGGAACAAGGUCCUGAAGUACUGAUGUUUGAAGAAAAGGAAAAGAUCAAAACCGCCUAGUGUGGUGAGGUCAGCCCUCUCUGUUCUCCGCUCCAUCAGGACCCAUCUCAGCAUUUCUGGAAACUCUUGCUCCGUUGCUGGGGUGGAGUGGAGCACAUUUUUUUAAAUCCUUAUCCUUGCUUGGAGGGAACACAGUUCCUGUUGGCCCAAAGGGUCUGGGGAAAAGACACAGCCCCUGGAGCAGCAGCGUUUAAGAAACUUGGACUAGAAGACUGCAGCGGUGGGGAAGGUGAUGGGGAACAAAAACACCAGCCUGCCCAGAGGUCCUGAUGCUGUCCCAACACUAAAGGAGCAGGCGGUAUCUGAUGAUGUCACCGGUCUUGUCUCUACACGCCAUCCUCUGAGCCUCAGCCCAGAGCUGCUGGCCUCCCUGCAGCACCUCAGAGAAAACCACGAUGACUAUUGUCUGCUGCCACAGUCUCUGCACCAGACUGCAGAGGUGUUUUCACUGAAAGGCGACUACCAGUGGGCCAUCCACUUCUUGCAGCUGGAGAAGAUGUACCAUGAACGGCUGCUCUCCAAUCUCGCUUCCCUGCAGGAGGACUGGGAACGCCAGCUAAGAGAGAAUGACUCACACCUGACUUCUGACACAGAGGGUAUCAGUCAGAAACACAUGGAAACACUGGCUCACAUCUGCAGAACUCACCACAGACCAGCCAUGAGAGUGACCCAGGAAGCGCAGGCGAACCGUCACAUCCUGCAGUCUAGUCACAAAGAAGCCAACGGGCCCGAGGCGUGUGAACGGGAGGAAGAUCAGAGCACCAUCUCCGACUCAGAGCUGUUUUCACCGCUGAUGAGCCGAGAGGAGGAGCAGGAUGGAGGAGAAAAGGCAUUUGAAGAAGGACUAGAAGUGGAGGAAGAGGAGCAGGAGACUCCAGAGGAGGAGGUGGUGAAGGUGGAGUGGCCAACAGGAGUACCUCAAGCCUCUGACAAAGACCUAGCCAAACUUUCCCACACAGAGAGGAACUGCUGCCCUGAUGGCCUGGUCUCCAUUCUGAAGAGGAGGCGAGCCUCUCUGGACGGACUUCCUCCCGCCUCUAGCAGCAGCAGCUCUGACAAACACCACUCCAAACGUCAAGUCCGUUUCAGCGAGCCAGAUGACGGCGCAGAGCAAGAUGAGGUUGGAGGUGAUUCCUGUCUCAUCCUGCUUCUGCUGUGCUUGCUGACUGUGGUGAUCAGCGUUGGAGGUACUGCGCUCUACUGCACCCUGGUGGACACCUACGCCACCAUCUGCACCGACUUCACUCACAACAUGGACUUCUACGUGUCAAACGCACGGGCUUUAUUCCAGGGCUUUGGAUGGCUGCCCUCCUGGACGUAGACAGUUCUGAUCAAAGCUACUUUGGGCUAGGAGAUCACGGUGCAGGUGGACUCCUGACUGGUUCCUGCAUUCAUCUCACGCUGCUGUUUACAGCUCUGCUGACUAUGAUGGACGUGGACUGAAGAGGUGCUAACAGCAAGAAUAACACGUUAAAGCAAACGCUCCUGCUGUCUCUGGAAGGUCCGUGUUCCAGGACCAGAACCUCUCAGCUGUGGUUGGAUCUGAACCCAGGUCUGUCAUUGUUACUGCUGGUGAAGAAAGCUGCCCUCAGAGAGAGCUCAGUCACACAGGCAAGGAUUAUUUACAGCAAUAACCAUCUCCCCGUGACCUGGUGCCGUGUUUACACAUGUGAGCUUUAAUUAUUCAGUUGAACAGUUCUUUUUCUGGGCUGGAAGCAUCAUACAGCACAGCUCAGUCAUUUUUAUAAACACGUGUGUGUAGAGGCUCAACUAUAACCACCCCCCCACUAACCUCCCUUAGCUGGUGUGUGUCCUCAGACCGAGGAUAGGCAGGAUGUUGGUUCAGGUCUAAAAACCUCCAGACUCCUACAGAACCGACUUCUUCUAACUGCGUCCAUAAAUCUCAACCACCCUCUCAUCUCGGCAUAAAACCUGUCCCCAGAAGACAUUUGUCUUGUCCGUGGGGACAGCUGCAGCUCUCCAUCCCUAACCCUAACCCUCCCUGUUCAUGAGCUCUGGUGUUCCAGCAGGAACCAGGCUCUGGCUUAAGCCUUGGUUCCUGCUGCAUCCUGAACAUCCCAACAGAGAGAGUGGUGUGUUGUCCUCGUUCAGGCUUUGGUAAAAUGGUGGAACAUCUGAAUUUAGCUUGUUUCUGUACAGUUAACUGAUCCUGGACCCUGAAGCAGUUUAAAAAUGGCUCCUAAGACUUUUCCAACUGGUGUCAAGCUACAAACCACUCUCCCCAAGAUCCUCGCUGGGUUCCUUUGUUCUCAGUGAUGGUUGGUGUAAAACGUUCUUCAUCCUUCAGAUGCUGCAAGCAGAAAGUACCAGAAUCAUGACCUCUAACAGGAAGCUCGUCGGAGGUAGAGGAUGUUCUGGAACGGGUCACCAACCUUUGUGAUGCUCAGAGCUACCUCAGGUGUACUGAGCUACAGGACGGGCUACCAGCUUGAUACAAUAGUGACCUUUGAACUAGAAAAGAUGAGAGUUAAACUAAACUUCAGGCUUAUUAAACAUAUUUUAAUGUUGUUUUAAACAAGAGUGUAGUUGUAAAAUCUAUAUUAAAGCACUUGUGAAUAAAAAACAUGAUUUUCUUUAGACUUGUGCUAUUUGGAGAAAAGGCCCAUGGGCACUCCAGGGGGGUUCCUGGGGGCACCAGGCUGCUGACACCUGGAUUUAGGUACAUGUAUGAAUAUGUGUGUGUGUAGCACUACACCAGCUACAGCGGGCUCACCCACACCGUUUGCAGGCUCCACUCUUCAUUAGACUCUCCUGGUCUGACCUACGCUCUCCCGGCACUCGUCCCAGGUCUCAGGGCCACCAGACUCUUCUCUCCUUUCAGUCUUUCCCUCCGUCUCCAGCGUCUGUGCUUCUGAAGCACCUGCUGGUGAUUGGCCAUCGGCCUCAGGUGUGCUCUGCCACAGUGUGAGUCUGUGUGUAUAAUUGUGCUCCAGUGUGAACCCACAAUAACCUAAAAGUUAAGCUCUGGCGUGUUUUUCAUUGGGCAGAGAACCAGCCCUUCCUACAGGGCCUGUGUGGUUGUGUCUGACCCUAACCCCCCACCCUGGGCUCAUCCUGUUAAGGCUCUCUCCUCUGGGAGGAGGCUGAGCUCCUCCAGAACAACAACCAGCUGCAGCUGGGCUGCUCUGUGUCUGCGCAGCCCCCGCAUCCUGAUACAGUUUACUGCAGCUUCAGCUGAUCUAACACGUUGCACAUUUGAACGUUUUUAUGUUUAAACGUUUGCAUCCUGCACUAAGCACCAAAGCAAAGUCAUUGUGAGUGUAACAACAAUAAACCUCGUCCUGGUUCUGCAUGUUUACCUGCGAACAGGUGAUCAGGACCCACAUUAGAACAGCAUCAUUGCACAUGUGCCUUAAUAAAAACCCUGGCACAGCAUUUUAAAUGUGUACAUUUUACUCCGGUACCACUGAGAUGCAUUCAGAAAACCUGUUUGUGUUUCAUGGUUAAUGUUUCUAUCAACCUGCUCAAAUAAAAAUGUGUUCAAUGUCUGUGUUGUAACAAAAACA